GCCACAACAAGUCCUUCGCUAGAGGCCUGAUAACAUGGCUCUUAUCGCUAACUCUCAUUCGCUCUGUUCCUGGGAGCCCUAUUCCGGGAAUUGGGAUAGACAAUGCGAUCAUUGCGAUGGACGGUAGAUGGUGGAGCUCGGUGGUUUAAAUAUGCGGCUCCACACCCCAUUGAACAACUGCUCUGCUGCAGCUCUCUUUAUGAAGCUCGUGUCAAGCUUGGUUCGAUUUUGUUAUUCUCAAUUGGCUUCUGCACGCGUUCAGGAUGCGGCUUUCCAUCAGUUGGACAGUUCUUGGAGCUUUGGUACUCUCUCAAGCCUCGAGCGCAGCCAAGAUCAUUCUUGGGAACGAUGAUGGCUGGGCGAGUGCGAACAUUCGCGAAACCUACCGUCUUCUCAAAGAAGCCGGUAACGACGUCAUCAUGGUCGCUCCAGUUGUGGACAACUCUGGACAAGGAGGUCGUUCUGUCUUCACGACUUCCAGAACUCUUGUGACCAACGGCGAAUUUGACUCUGUUGCCGCUGGUCAACCCUCCCUAGGCUCCGACCCGUCUGAUUCCCACAUUUGGUAUUACAAUGGUACUCCAGCUGCUUGCACGUUUAUUGCAUUGGAUUAUGUUGCUCCACAGAUUUGGGGUCCCAAUGUGACUGCCGACCUGCUGGUAGCUGGUCCCAACGUAGGACAAAACUUGGGACCCUUUUUAUAUACGUUAUCAGGUACAAUGGGAGCUACGUAUGCUGCUGUUGGUCGUGGCAUCCCUGCGAUUGCAUUCUCCGCUGCGCCCAAUGGCGGACAAAGAUACUACAAAUGGGUGAAUCAAACCACCCAAGCAGGCUUGAAGGAUCCAGCAACGAUCUCUGCCCAGCUUACCGUCGACUUGGUUCAGAAGCUCAUCAAGAGCACGAAUCAUGGGGAGCGUAUUCUGCCUGUCGGCUAUGGCAUCAACGUCAAUUAUCCUCCGAUUACCUCGUUCACCAACGAUUCAUGCAUCAAUCCACCAUUUGUCCAGACGCGCAUGACGGGAGGUGCGUUCACCGACAAGGCGGUACGAAACGAGACUACAGGACUCUUCACCUACGCGAACUUCCUUGGCGAAGGUGUGAACAGAUGCAUUAAUGGUGACUGCCGUCUUCCUGGUGAGACCGAUGUUGUCAACAGUGGAUGCCAGUCUGCAGUGUCAGUAUUCACUGUGGAUUACGAUGCGCCGCUCAAGCGGGACACAAGCAAGGUGCAAACCAAGAUGUUGCCGUUGGUUAGCUUCCACGGCGGAAGCGCCUGGAAACGCCAUACGGAAAUGCCUGCUUCGGUGAAACAACUUGAGAGCCCGUUGAGGCAUGAAUAGAUAGCCUCACGUGGCCUUGGAAUUCAGGUGCCAGGCUAUAUUAAAUAGAACUCUAAAUCAAGCUAUCAAGGAUAUAACCUGACAACUACGCAUCAGAC